CAUAAAUGCGCUCCCACCGCCGACCGAAGCAGAUAAUCACAGGCCACUGCGAGAGGGACACACCUUCGCUGAUUUUGCCACAGUUUACACGGGGAUGCGUUUCGAUUCACGAAAAGGUGUCAUCAGUCCAAGAUUUUGAGUCGUGUUUUCAGCUUUUUUUGCGCAUAGGUUACGAGGCUGCUCCACUCCAACUUGAAGAUGACUGGGGUUUUUGAGAACUUAAAUACUGAUAUGCAUUCAAACCAGAUUACCUCAAGCAGUUACCACAGCUUGCACAAAUCGCAGGAGUCUCCGACUCUGCCAGUGUCCACGGCGACGGACAGCAGCUAUUACAACAGCCAACAGCCUGGCCAUUGCGCAGGGUCUCCAUUUGGCCAACUCGGCUCUUACCAGUACCACGGUAACGCCACGAGCACUGUGCCAUACAACACAAAGUCAUACGACCUUGGUUUCAACUCAUCCUAUGGUGCAUACAGCUCCUUCGGCUCCAACUCCUCUCCUACUCCAGCCGAUACAGAGAAAGAAGAGCGCGAGCCAGAAAUCCGGAUGGUUAAUGGCAAACCAAAGAAGGUCAGGAAACCUCGAACCAUUUAUUCCAGCUUUCAACUGGCCGCACUUCAACGGAGGUUUCAAAAGACGCAAUAUUUGGCUCUACCAGAACGGGCCGAGCUGGCAGCCUCGAUGGGCCUCACGCAAACACAGGUGAAAAUCUGGUUCCAAAACCGCCGCUCCAAGUUCAAGAAGUUGUGGAAAAGUGGAGAAAUCCCCCCAGAGCAACAUGUUGCUUCCAGUGAAUCUCCCCCCUGCACGUCCCCACCAACUAUUGCCUGGGACUUUCCACAGACUCAAAGAAUGAGCAGUGUCAACUCCAGUUUACCUCCGAGUAGCAGCCCUCCCAACACGACUGCGUUUUUGGCAAACUACUCCUGGUACUCUACCACGAACUCUGCGACGCAUCUGCAGCCUCUGAUCCAGCACCACCACAACACCGCCAUAAGCGCUGGGACGAUAUUCUAAAACAAACGAGAGCAAAACAUCGGGUUUAAAUCGGAAAAUACUGGUGAAAAAA